UUUUCCUCAACGUUUGCGUCCUUUCACCGAGAGCCACAAGCCCGCAACUGCAACAAGCAACAAAUCCGCGCCCGCUCCGCCGCUUUCCUCCCCACCUCCACCCAGUGGGCGACGACUGGCGCCCAUCGUCGAUUCCCCGUUCUCCGUUUCCGUCUCGCGUGUUUGGUGCUUUCGAUCUCCCCAAGGCGGCAGGCGGCAGCGCCGUGCGCGCCGCGGGAAGAUUUUGGUUGGUGGAUUGUUGGUGGCGGCUGCACUCCGUCCCACUGCACUGGUCCAAUCUAAAUGGCGGCCAAUAAUAGUGACCCAAUCCCGGAUCAGCUGGGGGAAGGAGGGGCGGGCGUGAAGCACGAAACAGGGGAGGAGGUGGGGGAGGAGACGUCUUCUUCCGCGGCGCAGGCGACCGCGACGACGAUGCUGCCCCGGUCGAGCUCGCGGCCGCAGCUGGACCUCAGCGGCGCCGCGAUCCACGGGACGCUGGAGGACCGCAACCCUACCAUCCUGCUUCCCAACCAAUCCGACGACAUCUCCCACCUCGCCCUUGACAUCGGCGGAUCUCUUAUAAAACUGGUAUACUUCUCGCGACAUGCUGAGCUUUCCACUGAAGAUAAGCGCAAGAUAUCCACAAAGAGAAAACUUGGGAUGUUUAAUGGUGGCAGGAGAAGCUACCCGAUUCUUGGAGGGAGGCUCCACUUUGUCAAAUUCGAGACUGGGAAGCUAAAUGAAUGUUUGGAUUUCAUUUCUUCCAAACAACUACAUCGUGGUGGAAUUGAUUCACCUUCGUGGCGCUCGGGAGCUCAGCCUGAUGACAUUGUAAUUAAGGCAACAGGUGGUGGAGCAUACAAGUAUGCAGAUGUCUUCAAGGAAAGAUUGGGAGUCAGCCUUGAAAAGGAAGAUGAAAUGGACUGUCUUGUGGCUGGAGCAAACUUUUUGCUUAAGGCUAUACGUCAUGAAGCUUUUACACACAUGGAUGGUCAGAAGCGAUAUGUUCAGAUUGAUCAGAAUGACUUGUUUCCCUUCCUUCUUGUUAAUAUCGGAUCUGGUGUUAGUAUAAUCAAGGUUGACGGGCAUGGGGAAUUUCAGCGAGUAAGUGGGACAAAUGUUGGUGGUGGUACGUACUGGGGAUUGGGGAAGCUAAUGACAAAGUGCAAGAGUUUUGAUGAGUUGCUAGAGUUGAGCCAGCGUGGAGACAACAGCACCAUGGACAUGCUUAUAGGAGACAUAUAUGGUGGUCUGGACUACUCCAAGAUUGGUCUUUCAGCAUCUACAAUCGCCUCUAGUUUUGGAAAGAUAAUUUCAGAAAACAAAGAGCUAUCAGAUUAUAGACCUGAGGAUAUAUCGCUCUCCUUGUUACGGAUGAUUUCAUACAACAUUGGCCAGAUUUCCUAUCUAAACGCACUUCGUUAUGGACUCAAGAGGAUAUUUUUUGGUGGAUUCUUCAUCCGUGGGCAUGCCUACACCAUGGAUACAAUUUCUUUUGCAGUGCAUUUCUGGUCAAAAGGAGAGGCACAAGCUAUGUUUCUGCGCCAUGAGGGCUUCCUAGGAGCUCUUGGAGCAUUUAUGAGUUAUGAGAAGCAUGGUCUUGAUGACUUAAGGGCACAUCAUUUGGUUGAACGCUUCCCAAUGGGUGCUCCAUAUGUUGGUGGAAAGAUUCACGGGCCACCUCUUGGAGAUCUCAAUGAGAAGAUAUCAUGGAUGGAGAAGUUUGUGCAGAAGGGUACUCAGAUUACUGCCCCUGUACCUAUGGGGGUUCCAGCUACGACAGGUAUGGGAGGCUUUGAAAGGCCGACUUCUAAGGGUGACAUUUUGCGGUCAGAUGCAAGUGCAGCGCUCAAUGUUGGUGUUCUCCAUCUCGUACCCACAUUGGAUGUGUUUCCAUUGUUAGAGGAUCCAAAGACGUAUGAACCAAACACAAUUGAUCUUGACCAGGAUGAGUUCAAGUACUGGUUCAAGAUUUUGUCAGAUCAUUUGCCGGACCUUGUGGACAAGGCAGUUGCUAGUGAAGGCGGGACUGAUGAUGCCAAGAGGCGGGGAGAUGCAUUUGCGCAUGCCUUUUCUGCUCAUCUGGCAAGAUUGAUGGAGGAGCCAGCUGCUUAUGGAAAGUUUGGUUUGGUCAACCUGUUGGAGUUGAGAGAAGAAUGUCUGAGAGAAUUUCAGUUUGUUGAUGCAUAUAUUAGCAUCAAGCAAAGGGAAAAUGAAGCUUCACUGGCUGUUUUACCAGAUCUUCUGAUGGAACUUGACAGUAUGAAUGAGGAAGCUAGGCUGCUUGCUCUAAUUGAAGGUGUCCUUGCUGCAAAUAUAUUUGAUUGGGGAUCUCGAGCUUGUGUAGAACUUUAUCACAAGGGAACUAUAAUAGAAAUCUAUCGCAUGAGUCGCAAGAAGAUGCAACGUCCUUGGCGGAUUGAUGACUUUGAUAUGUUCAAAAAGAGAAUGCUGACUGAUAGAAAGGACCAACCAUACAAAAGAGCACUGCUUUUUGUUGAUAACUCAGGUGCUGAUGUGGUCCUUGGAAUGCUUCCUUUAGCUCGGGAGCUUUUACGCCGUGGAACAGAGGUAGUUCUUGUUGCAAAUUCGUUGCCAGCUUUGAAUGAUGUUACUGCUAAUGAACUUCCAGAAAUUAUAGCUGAAGCCUCAAAGCACUGUAGUAUCCUUCGGAAAGCUGCAGAAGCUGGUGGGUUGAUAGUUGAUGCAAUGGCUGGCAUCCAAGAUGAUCUCAAGGAUGAGCCAGUGUCAGUGCCACUAAUGGUUGUUGAGAAUGGAUGCGGCAGUCCAUGUAUUGAUUUCCGGCAGGUUAGCUCAGAGCUUGCUGCUGCUGCAAAGGAUGCAGAUUUGUUAAUUUUGGAGGGCAUGGGACGGUCACUGCAUACCAACCUCAAUGCCCAUUUUAAGUGUGAUGCUCUAAAGCUUGCUAUGGUCAAGAAUAAGCGAUUGGCAGAGAAGCUCUUCAAUGGAAAUAUAUACGACUGCAUUUGUAAAUUUGAACCAGUUUUUUAACAAUAUGGGAGUGGCAGUGGAGCAUUGUUUUAUCGUCUUGCAGCAACUUGAUUGGUGCAGCCGGCGAGACAGAAACAAGCAUGCGGAAUAAUGGUCAUUCCAGUGUACGGGGUACAAGAAACGCCCUUCCAAUACGCAGCUAGUGUCUGUGAUAAUAGUGUCUCAAACGAUGUAAUAAAUAAAGGCUUUAAAGUCCAUUUCCAGAAAUAUUGAAUGGAGAGGUUUGAGCCAGCCAACUGGAGUUCGUGUACCCGAAAAGCGAGAACUCGUUAGCAGCCUAGCAGGGCCGAAGUAAUAACAUACUAAUCCUGGAAUGAUCUUGUCAUUCUUAUGCCGUGCUCGAAUCAAUCCAAAAUUUGUUCACCUGCCGAGACAAUGCUGUCACUCAAAUGCUAAAAAUCAGUUAUUAGUUUUUGCA